AGAAGCGAAGACCGAAGACUUUGUCAUCUCCAAAUUCUCUCUCCCUCUCCCUCAAGCUUUCACACGAAGUCUCUCCUGUUUCUUUCCCUUUCUAGUUAUAGCAGCCUUAAAACACCUUUCACUUCUGAUUUUCGUUAGUUUUCAGCGUCCAAGAUUCAAUUUUGAUCAUUAGAUCAUAGAUCAUCAACCCGGCCGGUGAUCGGUUGCUUUGGUUUUUUGUGGUUUUUCCUUUUUAAAAUCAAGUUCUGAUGUGAAAGUUGUAGUAAGCCUUUUUACAGGGUCGUCUCUCUGGGUUUAAUCAUUGAGUUCUUUGGUUAAUGUGAGGUUUUGAUCAGAGAAGUGAAUGUCAUUAGUCAUUAGAGCUGUUAGGUAGGUUUUAAAAACACCCAACAAGAAAAAAGAGUUCCAUUGACUGGUUGCCGAGAGAGAGAAAAAGAAAAGCCAAACCCUAGAAAAUAGUGAGUAAAAGAGAAACGUUUGUCUCCCCUUCAAAUUCUUAGAAGUUAUAAAUGAUAUAGAUUCUGGUUUCAUUUAUUUUUUGGGGGGGUUUCAAGUAGGAAUCAUGCCUGUUGAUUUGGAUAAUUCGUCUACAGCUUCUGGUGAAGCUAGUGUCUCUUCAUCUGGUAACCAACCACCACCACCACCACCACAACAACCACCGUCCAAGUCUGCCGCCACCGCUAAGAAAAAACGUAACCUCCCUGGAAUGCCAGAUCCCGAAGCAGAGGUGAUAGCCUUAUCGCCAAAGACACUUUUAGCUACAAAUCGAUUUGUAUGUGAAAUAUGCAACAAAGGUUUUCAAAGAGACCAAAACUUGCAACUUCAUCGACGAGGACAUAAUCUACCAUGGAAAUUAAGGCAAAGAUCAAGUAAAGAUGUGAAGAAGAGAGUUUAUGUAUGUCCAGAACCAACUUGUGUACACCAUGAUCCAUCAAGAGCUCUUGGCGAUCUUACAGGAAUAAAGAAGCAUUUUUGCAGAAAACAUGGGGAAAAGAAGUGGAAAUGCGAUAAAUGUUCGAAGAAGUAUGCUGUUCAGUCUGAUUGGAAGGCUCACUCAAAGAUUUGUGGUACUAGAGAGUAUAAAUGUGAUUGUGGUACUCUGUUUUCAAGGAGGGAUAGCUUUAUUACACACAGAGCAUUUUGUGAUGCCUUGGCGGAGGAGAGUGCUAGAGCUCAAACUCAGACUCCGAACCCAAAUCCAAAACCAAAUCAGGAAUCUGACCUGAAAGUGCAAGUUGAUUCAUCUCCACCGCCAGCACCAGUACCCCCACCAGUGGCUCCUGAUUUUGGUUCGGAUCAGGGCCAGGCGCCACCAGGACUAGCUCAGUCAACUGGGAUGAUAUCAUCUCCAGUUCUGGCAAUUCAGAGUCCAGAGUUAUCAGAUGAUCCCUCACAAAUUAUAGAAGAAGCACCAGCACCAGCUCCGGCUCCAGCUCCAGCUCCAGCCACGGUAACUGCAGGGUUCAAUGGAAGCUUCAGCAGUAGCACUAGCUCAAGCAGCAACGGCAGCAGCACCAGUAGUGUGUUUGCUAGUUUAUUUGCUUCCUCAACUGCUUCAGGAAGCUUGCAGGCUCCUCAGACUACUGCAUUUACUGAUCUAAUUCAUGCCAUGGCCCAUCCUGAUCGCCCAACAGACCUUACUCCAUCCUCAACUGAACCAAUUUCUUUGUGUCUCUCCACCAAUCACGGGUCAUCGAUAUUUGGCACUGCAGGGCAGGAACGUAGGCAAUAUGCACCACCGCCACAACCAGCUAUGUCUGCAACUGCACUGUUACAGAAAGCUGCUCAAAUGGGGGCUGCUGCUACAAAUGCAUCGUUGCUUCGUGGGCUUGGAAUCGUGUCAUCUUCUUCAUCGUCUGUCCAGCCAGACAAUAUGCAAUGGGGUCAUAGGCAAAUGGAGCCUGAGAAUGCCUCAGUUACUGCCGGGCUUGGACUGGGCCUGCCUUGUGAUGGAGGUUCUGGAUUGAAGGAAUUGAUGAUGGGAACUCCUUCUGUAUUUGGUCCGAAGCAUGCCACUCUUGAUUUUCUUGGACUGGGGAUGGCAGCUGGUGGGAGCCCUAGUGGUGGUCUAUCGGCUCUCAUUACAUCUAUUGGUGGUGGUCUUGAUGUGGCUGCAGCAGCGGCAUCUUUUGGAGGUGGAGAAUUUUCUGGCAAGGACAUGCGAAGGAGCUGAUGACAUUUUAUAGUAAGGAACUAUGCUUCUCCAUAUUACUCGGGGAAUUAAGCUGUUAAGGCUCAGGGCAAGUGAUUCUCCGGAGGCAAUGAUGACAAGAUAUAAUCUUGCACGAUGCAUUACUCUAAUGGAGGUGAGGAUCAGCCCAUCAAUGAUGGUUGGUUCUUUUUAUUUGUUGUGCUGCCAUGGUGUAGAUAUGUGGCCAAGAAUUCAGGGACACUUUGCUUCCUGAUUUAUGUAAUGGGGGCUUAAGUUAUUCAGUAUGUGAUGCACUAAAUGUUUAAGGUCGCUAAAGCUGAAAAUUUGAACCGUAGUUUCUCUCUUUGAAGUAAAACUUGGUCUUACGUGCA